AUGUACGAGUAUGUUACCAUAUCCAAUAUUUCACUUCACAAAAGAUUCCUCGAGAAGUUCCUUGAACCCAUUGAAAACUCCUUUGAAUCUUCUAAUCAAAACCCCAAAGCCCCAACGGGCGGUGUUGCCAAAUACACCCCUUUGGAGCUACAAGUUGUGGACCUUAAGAAGAGGUACCCUGAUGUUCUUCUCAUGGUGGAGGUUGGUUACAGGUACAGAUUUUUUGGCCAAGAUGCUGAAAUAGCAGCUCGUGUUUUGGGUAUUUAUGCCCAUUUGGAUCGUAAUUUUAUGACUGCGAGUAUACCCACGUUUAGAUUGAAUGUGCAUGUGAGGAGGCUGGUUAGUGCAGGGUAUAAGGUGGGUGUUGUCAAGCAAACUGAAACCGCUGCGAUGAAGGCUCAUGGGUCGAAUAAGUUAGGCCCCUUUUGCAGGGGACUAUCGGCUUUGUAUACUAAAGCAACAUUGGAGGCAGUCCAGAAUUUAGGGGGAGCUGAGGAGGGAUGUGGGGGAGAGAGUAAUUACUUGUUCUGUGUAGUUGAAAAGAGCAUGUUGAUGGAUAAUUUGGACCGUAGAAUCGAAUAUGGGGUUGAUGUGAAAAUUGGGAUGGUUGCCAUGGAGAUAUCAACUGGGGAUGUUAUUUAUAGGGAAUAUGAUGAUAACUUCAUGAGAAGUGGGCUUGAGGCAAUGCUCUUGAGCUUGUCUCCUGCAGAGCUUCUUCUUGGGGAUCCCAUAUCAAAGGCAACAGAGAAGUUAUUACUAGGUUAUGCUGGACCUGCUUCAAAUGUCCGUGUGGAGCAUGUUUCACGAGAUUGCUUUAAAGAUGGCAGUGCACUUGCUGAAGUGAUGUCUUUGUAUGAAAACAUUGACAAAGACAACUUAGCAGCUGAUCAUCACGACCCUGAUACAAUGUUGGCUGGACGAAAAAGUGAUCGCAUAGCAAUUAAGGAAAUAAUGAACAUGCCAAAUUUAGCUCUUCAAGCAUUGGCCUUGACCAUUCGUUACUUAAAGCAAUUUGGUUUAGAAAGAAUUGUGUCCUUGGGAUCUUCUUUUAGGCCAUUCUCAUGCAAAAUGGAGAUGACCCUCUCAGGCAAUACACUCACACAACUUGAGGUUUUGAAGAAUAAUGAUGACGGUUCUGAAACUGGCUCUCUAUUACAGUGCAUGAAUCACACUCUUACAAUAUUCGGUUCGAGGCUUCUUCGCCAAUGGAUAACACAUCCUUUAUGUGAAAGAGACAUGAUAAUUGCUCGUCAAGAGGCCGUUUCUGAGAUUGCUGCAGCUAUGGUAUCUUCAAAAGUAUCUCAAAAUAUCAGAGAGUCAGAUGAAGAAGAUUCUGAUGUAAUGGUCAUUGAACCAGAAUUGAAUUAUAUACUUUCUUCAGUGUUAACAACCUUGGGAAGGGCACCAGAUAUUCAGCGUGGAAUAACACGAAUCUUUCACCGAACUGCAGCCCCCUCUUAAGAAGNGUUCAUUGCAGUUAUUCAAGCUAUUUUAUAUGCGGGGAAACAGCUUCAGCAGUUUCACAUUGAUGAAGAGGAUGACAAUUAUUCCAGUGAAAGUAUGAUUGGCUCCAAGCUCCUAAGAAAGCUGAUUUUAUCUGCUUCCUCCUCUGGUUUGAUUAGCAUUGCUGCAAAACUUUUGUCAACGAUCAGCAAAGAAGCUGCAGAUCAAGGGGACCUUCCUAACCUAAUGAUCAUCAAUAAUGACCAAUUUCCGAAGGUUGCUAGAGCUCGGAAGGAGGCUCAAUCUGCAAGAGAGAAAUUGGAUUCUCUGAUCACCGUAUACCGUAAGCAGCUUGGAAUGCGGAAGUUGGAGUUCAUUAGUGUGUCUGGAACUACGCAUUUGAUUGAGUUGGCCUUAGAUGUAAAGGUACCCUCUAAUUGGGUGAAGAUCAAUAGUACAAAGAAAACUAUAAGAUAUCACCCACCGGAAGUACUGGCUGCCUUAGACGAGCUAUCAUUGGCAAAUGAGGAGCUCAUGGUAGCAUCUCGGGAUGCUUGGGAUGGCUUUCUAAGUGGAUUCAGCAGAUAUUAUGCAGAGUUUCAAUCUGCUGUUCAAGCACUGGCUUCCAUUGACUGUCUCUAUUCGUUAGCUAUUCUCUCAAGACAUAAGAACUAUGUUCGUCCAGAGUUUGUACAUGAUGAUGAACCUGCUCAGAUAGUUAUAUGUUCUGGACGCCAUCCGGUUUUGGAGAGUACAUUACAAGGCAAUUUUGUCCCGAAUGACACGAAUUUGGACGUGAAUGGAGAGCAUUGUCAAAUUGUAACAGGACCAAACAUGGGGGGAAAAAGUUGCUAUAUUCGACAAGUUGCUCUCAUUGCUCUAAUGGCUCAGGUCGGUUCCUAUGUACCAGCAUUCUCCGCGAAGCUUCACGUCCUGGACGGUAUAUACACUCGAAUGGGUGCUUCUGACAGUAUUCAACAAGGUAGAAGCACCUUCUUAGAAGAAAUGACUGAGACUUCACAUAUACUCCAUCAUUCCACAUCACGUUCCUUGGUCAUAAUUGACGAGCUUGGGAGAGGAACAAGCACUCACGACGGCGUGGCCAUUGCAUAUGCAGCUUUGCAAAAUCUUCUCCACCACAAGAAAUGUUUGGUCCUCUUCGUUACCCAUUACCCUAAAGUUGCUGAUAUUACAAAGGAAUUCCCAGUAUCUGCAGGGGUAUACCAUGUCUCAUAUCUGACUUCACACAAAACGCCAAGCUUCUCAGUCCCAAAAUCCUCUCAGGAUGUGAUUUACCUAUAUAAGCUCGUUCCUGGAAUUGCGGAGAGCAGUUUUGGUUUCAAGGUUGCCCAACUUGCACAGAUACCUUUAUCAUGUAUUGCACGAGCCACAGAAAUGGGGGUAUGGUUAGAAGAAAUAGUAACCAGAAGAGCACAACGCAAAACCAGAGAAAUACAUUUACAAAAAGCAUCAGGCAAGGGAUUGGAAUUGGAAAGCUCCGAGUGCUUCCUUGAAGAUAGAAUUGAUGCUUAUGAGGAAUUCUUUCUGUUCUUGAAAGCUACAAUAUGUUCUCCUGAUGAUAUGGGGAAACGUUUCCUUCAAUUUUCCCAAGCUAGAAGCAUGGCCAUGGACUUGUUAGGAAGGUAA